UGGUGUAUCUCUGUGGGCCGCCAGAGAUGCUGCGGCAGAUCAUGCAGCUGGCGCAACAGGAGAACCUCACCAAUGGCGACUACGUCUUCUUCUACCUGGAUGUCUUUGGGGAGAGCCUGCGGGGUGACUCCGCCCGUGACCCCUUCAAGCCCUGGCAGGACAGCCCUGGCCAGGACUCAGGACUGCGUGAGGCUUUCCAGAUGGUGCUGGUGAUCACCUACUAUGAGCCCCAAAACCCUGAGUACCAGCAAUUCCAAACCCAGCUCAUUCUGCGAGCUAAGCAGAAAUUUGGGGUGCAGCUCAACUACUCCCUGAUGAACCUGGUGGCGGGGUGUUUCUAUGAUGGGAUGCUGCUGUACGCCAUGGUGCUGAAUGAGACUCUGCGUGAGGGCGGCUCCAAGAAAAACGCCACCCACAUCAUCGAGAAGAUGCGGGACCGCAAGUUCCAGGGCGUCACAGGGCUUGUGAGCAUGGACAGCAACAAUGACCGAGACACUGACUUCAACCUAUGGGCCAUGAGUGACCCCAAGACCGGGCAGUAUGAGGUGGUGGGACACUACUCGGGUGUGGAGAAGCAAAUCCACUGGCUGGGACGACCCAUCCCCUGGGUGAAGGGGGCUCCCCCCUUGGACAACCCUCCCUGUGUCUUUGAUGUGGAUGACCCCUCCUGUGAUAAAACCCCCCUCUCUAUGCUGGCCAUCGUGGCUUUGGGUACUGGCCUCACCUUUGUCAUGUUUGGCAUCUCCAGCUUCCUCAUCUUCAGGAAGCUGAUGCUGGAGAAGGAGCUUGCCAGCAUGCUCUGGAGGAUCCGCUGGGAUGAGCUGCAGUUUGGAAGUCCUGAGCGGUACCACAAGGCAGCAGGCAGCCGGCUCACCUUGUCCCUGCGUGGCUCCAGCUAUGGCUCCCUGAUGACCACCCAUGGCAAGUACCAGAUCUUCGCCAACACCGGCCACUUCAAGGGCAAUGUUGUGGCCAUUAAGCACAUCAACAAGAAGCGCAUCGAGCUGACGCGGCAGGUGCUCUUCGAGCUAAAGCAUAUGCGAGACAUCCAGUUCAACCACCUGACCCGCUUCAUCGGGGCGUGCAUCGACCCCCCCAACAUCUGCAUCAUCACUGAGUACUGCCCACGGGGCAGCUUACAGGAUGUCCUGGAGAAUGAGAGCAUCAACUUGGACUGGAUGUUCCGCUACUCCCUCAUUAAUGACAUUGUCAAGGGAAUGGCCUUCCUGCACAACAGCAUCAUUGGCCAUCACGGCAGCCUCAAGUCAUCCAACUGCGUGGUGGACAGCCGCUUCGUGCUGAAGAUCACCGACUACGGCCUGGCCAGCUUCCGCUCGCCCAGCGACAAUGAGGACACACAUGCACUCUAUGCCAAGAAGCUGUGGACAGCCCCAGAGCUGCUGCAGAAGGGACACCUGCCCACCCCGGGCAUGCAGAAAGCUGAUGUCUACAGCUUUGGCAUCAUCGUGCAGGAGGUUGCUUUGCGCAACGGCCCCUUCUACAUCGAGGGCAUGGACCUGAGCCCUAAAGAGAUCGUGCAGAAGGUGCGUAACAGCCAGAAGCCCUUCUUCCGGCCCUCCAUCGACAUCGGAGUGCACAGCGAGGAGCUGGCUGUGCUGAUGGAACGCUGCUGGGCGCAGGAGCCGGCCGAGCGCCCUGACUUCAGUCAGAUCAAGAUCUUCAUCCGUAGAUUCAACAAGGAGGGAAGCACCAGCAUCCUGGACAACCUGCUGUCGCGCAUGGAACAGUAUGCCAAUAACCUCGAGAAGCUGGUGGAAGAGAGGACACAGGCCUACCUGGAGGAGAAGCGCAAGGCAGAGAACCUCCUCUACCAGAUUCUGCCCCAUUCUGUGGCAGAGCAGCUGAAGCGUGGAGAGACAGUGCGAGCUGAGGCUUUCGACAGUGUCACCAUCUACUUCAGUGACAUCGUGGGCUUCACCGCCCUCUCAGCAGAGAGCACUCCCAUGCAGGUCGUGAUGCUGCUGAACGAUCUCUAUACUUGCUUUGAUGCCAUUAUCGACAACUUUGACGUCUACAAGGUGGAGACCAUAGGGGAUGCCUACAUGGUGGUCUCGGGGCUGCCGGUGCGCAAUGGGAAGCUGCAUGCCCGUGAGAUUGUCCGUAUGGCCCUGGCCCUGCUCGAGGCUGUCAAAACCUUCAAGAUCCGUCACCGUCCCAACGACCAGCUCCACCUGCGCAUUGGCAUACACACUGGUCCCGUCUGCGCCGGGGUGGUGGGCCUCAAGAUGCCAAGGUACUGCCUCUUCGGGGACACGGUGAACACCGCAUCCCGCAUGGAAUCCAACGGCCAGGCCCUGAAGAUCCAUGUCUCAUCUGCCACCAAAGAAGUCCUGGAUGAGUUCGGCUGCUUUGAUCUGGAGCUACGUGGCGAUGUAGAAAUGAAGGGCAAGGGAAAGAUGCGGACAUACUGGCUGCUGGGUGAGAGGAAAGACCCUUAAGUCAUUUGAGCCCAGUGGCUGUGGCAGAGCCCCCAGCUCAAUGGGGCCACCAGUGCUUUCCGGUGCCCCAGGAUGCACCGGCACCCCCCCAUCCACCUGACACUGCAUCCACCUGACUCUGCAGCCCCCCUGCUUCAGCAGGGCCGGGGCAAGGUGGGGCAGCGGCCACAGCACCGUCUGCUCCCCUCCAUCAGCACCAGCAAAGCCCACCUUCCCCACAGCCUCUGCUGGAGUGGGGUAACCAGCCCCCAUCCAGCCCAAGAGACCUUGUAUUCACCCCCCACUCUGAGGUCUGCCACCCCUGCCCUCUCCCCUGUGGCUCAGCUGGCUCUGAGCUUCUCCGGGGCCUGGCUGCCCCGCAGGGCACUUUGCCCUCUCUUUUCAGUACCUUGCCCCCAGCAGAAGUUGUGCCCAUGUCAACCCCUCCCUGGGGUGGGGGGAAAUGGGGAUUCCUGCCAAGACUGACUCCUUGGCCAGGUCAGGCUUCAAUGCCGCAGCUCCCCCCCUCCCCAGUCUCCCUUUCCCCUGUAUAUAACCCCACUGGGUCAUGUAAAUACCCAUCCCUCCUCCAGGUGUAAAUAUAGGACUUGCUGCAACUAUUUUGUUGAAAUACAAACUUCCCCAGAUCAA